GGGAUGGGGGAGGGGCGCUCUAGCAGGUGCAUCCCGGGGUCAGCCGCGGGGGUCUCAGAAGCGGGUCCGGAGCCGGCAGAGCUAUUAACCCUUCAGUAAGCGAGGACAGGAUGUUGUAGCUACCUGCCCAAGGUCUGGGCAGACUCAGGGAGCCAGGGCAAAAAUCCCAGUCUCUAAGGACCCGAUUCUGAGCUUUUUCCAAGAAUAUAAAAAGGCGUUCUACUAGGCAAGCCAGUAUUUUCUUUUAUCCCCUCAGUAUCUUCAAAAUCUUCAGGAAGGUGACUGCUCAGAGCUGUGAACUAGGGACAAAACUGUGGCAGUUGCCCCUUAUUCUAGAAGGUUCCUGAGUUACGUUUUCGGGGAGCUCCCUGCAGUGGAAGAGACAGAGCCCUCGAUUUUAUUUCUACCCACUUAAACUUUCUGGACUCCCGAGGGACAGGCUGCAGGAACUAUGCACUUUUGCAUUAAUUGUGCAUUUGUUUUUUGUUUUAAGAUUUUAUUUAUUUGAGAGGUAGAGUUAGAGAGGCAGAGAGAGGUCUUCCAUCCAAUGGUUCACUCCCCAAAUGGCUGCAAUAGUCAGAGCUGAGCUGAUCCAAAGCCAGGAGCCAGGAGCCUCCUCUGGGUCUCCCACGUGGAUGUGGGGGCCCAGGCACUUGGGCCAUCUUCUACUGCUUUCCCAGGCCACAGCAUAGAGCUGGCUUGGAAGAGGAGCAGCUGGGACUAGAACCGGCGCCCACGUGGGAUGCCAGCGCCACAGGAGGAGGAUUAACCUACUGCACCACGGAGCUGGCCCUGUGCAUUUAGUAAACAGUGAUGCCUCUAACCUAAGAGGAGUAGGAGAGCAGAGCUGGACCUGUCUCCAUUAUGGAACCCGUCAUGGAGGAUGAAGUGUUCCUGUGAAUCUGAAUCAUUCAGAUACGGAAGGUCAGAUGGUUAGGCAGCAAGUGAAAGAUCCCGAUCAUGUACCCGAAGUACAAGCGGGAGUGACCAUGAACUUGCCGUUGGCAGGAAGAAGUGUUUGUGUGCUUUCUUCCUCCCCACCUCCUGUUUCCAGCUGGACUCAGGUGUCAGUGGUCUGGUGCCUUUGGGCCCGUUUUGCAGGGGACGAGGGUGACUGCCGUUGCGUCGGGCAGCUACAUCCGGGCUUCCUGUGUUUCCUCACACCCCAACCCCGAGCGCCUGUUGACUCCAUCCUUCUCACUUACCGUUUCUCCUGCCCUUGCCUGUGUGUUUUUGUGGUGGUGUUUUUGUUCUGCCCCCUCCUCAGGUGGUCAAGAACAGCCCAUGGAAGACUCCUAUGAAGAAGUGGCAGUUAAGGUCCGAGGGCAGGAGUGGACAUGUUUGGAUUUCCAACAGCUACCCUGCUGGACUGUCAUGGACGAUAUGCCCAGAACGUAGCGUUUUUCACACCUUACGUGACUUCCCUCUCGUUUCACCAGAUGUGAUGACAGAAGCCCACAAAUAUGAUCACACCGAGGCCACGGGGUCCUCCAGCUGGGAUUUCCAGAGUUCUUUCAGAAGAGAAAAGCUGGAACAGAAAUCGCCAGACUCCAAGACGCUACAGGAAGAGUCCCCUGGAGUAAGACAGAAGGUUUACGAGUGCCAGGAAUGUGGAAAAUCCUUCCGGCAGAAAGGCAGCCUCACGUUACACGAGAGAAUCCACACUGGCCAGAAGCCAUUUGAGUGCACCCACUGUGGGAAAAGCUUCAGGGCCAAAGGUAAUCUUGUCACGCAUCAGCGAAUACACACCGGAGAGAAGCCCUAUCAGUGCAAAGAGUGUGGGAAAAGCUUCAGCCAGCGAGGGAGCCUGGCUGUCCACGAGAGACUCCACACCGGCCAGAAGCCGUACGAGUGCGCCAUCUGUCAGAGAAGCUUCAGGAAUCAAAGCAACCUGGCUGUCCACAGGCGAGUGCACAGUGGCGAGAAGCCCUACAGGUGUGACCAGUGCGGAAAGGCCUUCAGUCAGAAGGGCAGCUUGAUUGUCCACAUCAGAGUCCACACGGGCCUGAAGCCAUACGCCUGCACCCAGUGCAGGAAGAGUUUCCACACCAGGGGCAAUUGCAUCCUGCAUGGCAAAAUCCACACGGGAGAGACGCCUUAUCUUUGUGGCCAGUGCGGGAAAAGCUUUACCCAGAGAGGGAGUUUGGCUGUGCACCAGCGGAGCUGCUCACAGAGGCUCACCCUCUGACUGCCUUCCGCAGAGGCCGUUCUCUUUCUGAAUGAAGGGUACAGAUCCUCUGCCGCCCAACAGCUUCUCCAGCUACAUGGGAGAAGUGGAGAAUCUCGGAAAGACCACCGCUGGGUGCAGCAAACUGACUUUUUCCUCUCCCCCAGAUGAGUAUAAGAAAUAAAUGUCUUGUUUAUUAUCAGUA